CGUGGGUCUCUUCCAAGGUGCGCGCCUCCUAAAUACGAGCGGCACACCACAGGACAGUGUAGUCUGCGGGGGGGAGCGCAAAAACCGAAUGGAACGGGACUUCGACGCCAAACAGGAUCAGUUCUCGGCACGGUUCUAGGACCGUGUUACUUGGUGAGCCACCAUGCCGGCCGGGUCGGUGAGACUGGAAAGUAUCAAAAGGUUUGGCCAGGAGAAUCAGAGUUACGAUGUCUCCGAUGACGAACCAGCUGGCUCCUACAUGAGCAUGACCACAACCCAGGAAACAAAGCAAGCUGAAGGCAAGAAGAAUGACACCGCAAUAAGAGUUGGCUUCUUUCAGUUGUUCCAUUUUGCAACAUGCCACGAGGUGGCGAUGAUGGUGGUGGGCAGCGUGUGCGCCGUGCUGCACGGCUCGGCCCAGCCGCUCAUGCUGCUGGUGUUCGGCCUGCUGACCGACACCUUCAUCGAGUACGACAUCGAGCUGAACGAGCUGAGCGACCGGCGCAAGGAGUGCGUCAACAACACCAUCCAGUGGAGCAAGAACUACACUGACGGGCUCCUGCACGCCGCCCAGCAGUCGGACUGGGGCCCCGGCAACGUCUCCGUCUGGGCCACGGUGCCGCCGCUGACCAACCGGUCGUGUGGGAUCCUCGACAUCGAGUACGAGAUGACCCUGUUCGCCUUCUAUUAUGUCGGGAUCGCCGUAGCGGUCUUCAUCUUGGGAUAUUUUCAGAUCUCUCUGUGGGUGACGGCGGCCGCCAAGCAGAUCCAGCGCAUCAGAAAAAUCUACUUCAGCAAGGUGAUGAGGAUGGAGAUCGGCUGGUUCGACUGCACCUCGGUGGGCGAACUCAACACGCGCAUGUCCGACGACAUCAACAAGAUCAACGACGCCAUCGCCGACCAAGUGGCCAUUUUCCUGCAGCGCUUCACCACCUUCGUGUGCGGCUUCUGCGUGGGCUUCGUUAAAGGAUGGAAGCUGACGCUGGUGAUCGUGGCGGCGAGUCCGCUGAUUGGCGUCGGCGCCGGUCUGAUGGCCCUGUUUGUGGCGAAGCUAACGGGCAUGGAGCUGCAGGCCUAUGCCAAAGCUGGAGCCAUCGCAGACGAGGUCCUCUCCUCCAUCAGGACGGUGGCGGCUUUUGGCGGAGAGAUGAAAGAGGUGCAACGCUACGACAGCAACUUGGUGUCAGCCCAGCGCUGGGGCAUCAGGAAAGGCUUGAUCAUGGGGUUUUUCACGGGCUACAUGUGGCUCAUUAUCUUCCUGUGCUACGGCCUGGCCUUCUGGUACGGCUCCAGUCUGGUGGUGGACGCGAAGGAGUACUCGCCGGGCACGCUCCUGCAGGUGUUUUUUGGCGUCCUGAUUGCAGCCAUGAAUUUGGGGCAGGCGUCGCCUUGUCUGGAAGCAUUCGCCGCAGGCCGAGGAGCCGCCACCAUCAUCUUUGAAACCAUCGGAAGAGAGCCUGAGAUUGACUGUUUAUCUGAAGCGGGAUAUAAGCUGGACAAGGUCAAAGGUGACAUCGAGUUCCACAACGUGACCUUUCACUACCCUUCCAGGCCCGAGGUCAAGAUUUUGGAGCAGCUGAGUGUGGCGGUGAAGUCGGGUGAGACCACCGCCUUCGUGGGCCCGAGUGGCGCGGGAAAGAGCACGGCCGUCCAACUCAUUCAGCGCUUCUACGACCCACGAGAGGGGAUGGUGACCCUGGACGGUCACGACAUCCGCGGGCUGAACAUCCAAUGGCUGCGCUCGCUCAUCGGCAUCGUGGAGCAGGAGCCCGUUCUGUUCGCCACCACCAUCGCCGAGAACAUACGCUACGGCCGCCCCGCCGUCUCCAUGGACGACAUCGUGGCCGCCGCCAAGGAGGCCAACGCGUACAACUUCAUCAUGGACCUGCCACAGAGGUUCGACACCCUGGUGGGGGAGGGCGGCGGUCAGAUGAGCGGCGGUCAGAAGCAGCGCAUCGCCAUCGCCAGGGCGCUGGUGAGGAACCCCCGCAUCCUGCUGCUGGACAUGGCCACCUCGGCCCUGGACAACGAGAGCGAAGCUGUGGUCCAAGAGGCCUUGGAUAAAGUGCGCCAGGGCCGGACCACCAUCUCCAUCGCCCACCGACUGUCCACCAUCAAGAACGCCGACGUGAUCGUGGGCUUUGAGCACGGCCAGGCGGUGGAGAAAGGCAAACACAGCGAGCUGCUGGACCGGAAAGGAGUCUACUUCACUUUGGUCACCUUGCAGACUCAGGGAGACAAAGCUCUCAAUGAGAAGGCCCGACAAAUGGCUGAGAAUGAAGAAGUGCCAGAGAAAAUCAGUCUAUCAAGGGGUGGCAGCUACCGGGCCAGCUUGAGAGCGUCCAUCCGUCAGAGAUCCAGAUCACAGCUGUCCAACCUGAUUCCGGAUUCCUCCGUGUCCCUGGCUGGAGAACUGGGCCCCACAGCCUACGCUGUGUCACAAGCAGACCGAUCCAAGGGCGCCAUCCCGGAAGAGGAGGAGGAGGAACCCGUGGAACCGGCGCCGGUUGCUCGGAUCCUGAAGUACAACGUGCCCGAGUGGCCGUACAUGCUUUUUGGAUCUCUGGGGGCUGCUGUGAACGGGGGAGUCAACCCCGUCUACUCGCUGCUCUUCAGUCAGAUCUUGGCGACCUUCUCGUUGACAGAUGAGGUGGCUCAGAGGAAGGAGAUUGAUAGCAUCUGCUUAUUCUUCGUCAUGGUCGGCGUUAUCUCCUUUUUCACUCAGAUGCUGCAGGGUUACGCCUUCUCCAAGUCUGGAGAGCUGCUGACCCGCAGGUUACGUCGCCUCGGCUUCCACGCCAUGCUGGGCCAGGAGAUUGGCUGGUUUGACGAUCACAGGAACAGCCCCGGAGCGCUGACCACGCGGCUGGCGACCGACGCCUCGCAAGUACAAGGGGCCACCGGCUCCCAGAUCGGCAUGAUCGUCAACUCUCUGACCAACAUCGGGGUGGCCAUCCUCAUGUCCUUCUACUUCAGCUGGAAGCUCACGCUGCUCAUCCUCUGCUUCCUGCCCUUCAUCGCCCUGUCGGGUGGCUUCCAGGCCAAGAUGCUCACCGGCUUCGCCAAGCAGGACAAGGAAGCCAUGGAGUCUGCAGGACGGAUCUCAGGCGAAGCCCUCAACAACAUUCGCACCAUCGCUGGUCUGGGCAAGGAGAAGAACUUUGUGGAAAUGUACAACGCACAGCUGGAUGCUCCGUACAAGGCAGCUUUGAAGAAGGCCAACGUCUACGGCGCUUGUUACGGUUUCGCCCAAUGCGUCGUCUUCUUGACCAACUCCGCCUCCUAUCGCUUCGGGGGCUACUUGGUACGCCAAGAGAAGCUCCAUUUCAGCUUGGUGUUCAGGGUCAUCUCCGCCAUCGUCACCAGCGGCACAGCCCUGGGCAGAGCUUCCUCCUACACUCCCGACUAUGCCAAGGCCAAGAUUUCCGCCGCACGCUUCUUCAAGCUGCUGGAUCGCAUUCCUAAGAUCAGCGUCUACAGUAACAAUGGACAUAAAUGGGAGAACUUCCAAGGGAACCUGGAGUUCAUUGACUGCAAGUUCACUUACCCCACCAGACCAGACAUCCAGGUCCUCAAUGGGUUGAACGUGUCGGUGAAGCCCGGCCAGACCUUGGCCUUUGUGGGCAGCAGCGGCUGUGGAAAGAGCACCAGUGUGCAGCUCCUGGAGAGGUUUUAUGACCCCGACAAGGGCAAAGUGCUGAUCGAUGGCCGCGACUCCACCCUGGUCAACGUGGCUUUCCUGCGCUCCAAGAUCGGCAUCGUGUCCCAGGAGCCCAUCUUGUUCGACUGCAGCAUCGCCGACAACAUCAAGUACGGCGACAACUCGCGCGCCAUCGGCGCCAACGAGGUGAUCGCCGCCGCCAAGAAAUCGCAGCUCCACGACUUCGUCAUGUCUCUCCCCGAGAAAUACGACACCAACGUGGGCGCUCAGGGGUCUCAGUUAUCGCGAGGUCAAAAGCAGCGCAUCGCCAUCGCCAGGGCGAUCAUUCGCGACCCCAAGAUCCUGCUGCUGGAUGAAGCCACCUCAGCUCUGGACACGGAGAGCGAGAAGACGGUGCAAGCGGCGCUGGACAAAGCCAGGGAAGGCAGGACAUGCAUCGUCAUCGCCCACCGCCUCUCCACCAUUCAGAACUCGGACAUCAUCGCCGUCAUGUCUCGGGGUUAUGUGAUGGAGAAGGGAACGCAUGACCAUCUGAUGGCCCUGAAGGGGGCGUACUACAAGCUGGUCACCACCGGGGCACCGAUCAGCUAAUGGCAGAUGACAUGAGGGAACGUUAGAUAAUGACCGUAUUUAUUUGUGUGGAAAGGCCAGCAGGGGGUCUGAGGACCGUGUCGUGAUGCUGGCUCGUCGUAGGGCGAGAAGUUUUUUGGAGUUCCCAGCUCGUUAUUAAAUAUACAAGGUGCAUACAAGUGUUUUAUAUCAGUCCAUAUCCACAAUUAUUGAUAUAUAUGACCUACUAAAGUGAAGGACCAGAUAAAAAAUAUCCUGCAAUGUAUUUUAAAAGUCUCCUUCUUCUGAUCAGAAUUGAGGCAGAAAGCAAAGGAAAUGUCAACGCAAGCAUAGAGAUCACUCAAUGCAGACAAAAUCGUAAACACUGAACAACACCGGCAAAUUCCCUGGCAGAAUGAAAAUUGCGGAAUUCCUACCAUUUUAUAAGAACGGAGACUGUGAGGAGGCGUGGCCGGCGGACCUGCAGCGAGGCGAGGCACGCCGUGACGGGCUUAGGGAUGGAUAAUAAUAAUAAUAAUAAUGGAUUAGAUUUAUAUCGCGCUUUUCUAUUGUUAGAUACUCAAAGCGCUCACAGAGAAGUGGGAACCCAUAAUUCAUUCACACCUGGUGGUGGUAAGCUACAUCUGUAGCCACAGCUGUAGGCUGCCAGUUUGCGCCUACGGCCCCUCUGAACACCACCAAUCAUUCAUUCAUCAUUCAUUCACCUGUGUGACCGGCGCCGGGGGAAAAGGGUGAAGUGCCCUGCCCAAGGACACAACGGCAGCGAUUUGGAUGUCAAUAGGUGGGAAGCGAACCUGCAACCCUCAGGUUUCUGGCACGGCCGCUCUACCCACUACGCCAUGCCGCCCGGGUGUCAGGUGCGUGGAUCGCCCACCUAGGCGUGAUUCUUUAAUCACCCGUCAGUGUGUAAAAGGGCAGCAGCAGAGGAGAACGGGGCAGAAGGAGUGGGGAAAACCUGCGCAUGCAGAGCGAAAGCGACUAAGAGAGCGAGCGUCAGACGACAUGGAGCUAAAAAGCGACCGGCAGUGAGAGGUGUUGAAAAGCGACCCGACG